CCGCUGGCGGCUGGAUCCGAAGGGAGAAUGAAAGGACUUCGCUGGCGGUACACUAGGCUGCCCAGCCAGGUGGAGAACACCCUGUCUGGAGAGGAGGGUGAGGAAGGGGACGAGGAAGAGGAAGAGGAGAAGGAGGCAGCCCCAGCUCCAGCCCCCGCUCCUGAAGAUCCCAUGGAGCUCCAGCUGGCAGAAGCCAGCCAGGUUCUGGGAGCCUGGGAGAUUAGGCAGCUCAGCCGCCACCUCCCCCCGAGAGUCAGUGGAUAUUCCUGGAGUCUGGCCUUCUGCACAGCGAGGGACGGCUUCAGUCUGCAGAGCCUGUACCGGCAGAUGGAGGGCCACGGCGGGCCGGUGCUGCUGGUGCUGAAGGACCAGGACGGGCAGAUGUUUGGGGCCUUCUCCUCCUCGGCUUUCCGACUCAGCAAAGGCUUCUACGGAACCGGCGAGACAUUCCUCUUCUCCUUCUCCCCACAGCUGAAGGUCUUUAAGUGGACAGGAAGCAACUCUUUCUUUGUCAAAGGAGACUUGGAUUCACUGAUGAUGGGCAGUGGCAGUGGCCACUUCGGGCUGUGGCUGGAUGGAGACUUGUAUCACGGAGGAAGCCACCCCUGUGCGACCUUCAACAAUGAGGUACUGGCCCGGCAGGAGCAGUUCUGCAUCAAGGAGCUGGAGGCCUGGGUUCUGAGCUGAUGGCCCCACAGUGGGCAGCUUCCUGAGGUAGCAGGUGCUCCGACCUGCUCAUGGAUGCCGUCCAGGCCCUUACAUGGGGCAGGCCAUUCUGCCCCAAAACACGGAUGGUGACGUGUCCUAAUGCUGACUGUGGCUGUGAGCCACCCUCCUGGUGGCCUGGGGACCCAAGACAGGCAUGGGGCCGGAACAGAAGGAGUGAAAGCCAGCUACACCUCACCUGAGCAGUGCCAAGUCCCUCAUGAAAAUUAUCUUUCAAAAAAUUAUGCAACUAAUACAUGUUUAUUGUAGAAAAAAACCAGAAGACAUUAAAAAUUUAAAUUGCCAAAUUUACCCCCCUUAAAAAAAAAAAAAAACCCACAACAAACACUACUAUUUUUAUGUAUAACCUUCCAAACAAUUUUUCAUUUUAUAUAUAUAUAUAUAUAUAUAUAUAUAUAUAUAUAUAUAUGUAUAUCUUACAAAAAUGGGAUUCUACUUUAUAUGUUUUGGAAAUUAUUUUAACUUAAAGACUAUUGUCAAACCACAGAUAUCUGGGAUCAGUGAAAUUAAUAAAGACUCUAGUAGUAU